AUGCUGCCAAUUUUGCUAUUUUUUAAUUUGUUCCAAUUCUCGUUCGCAAUUUUCUUCGGUGGCUGCGGAUGCCGACCGCAGUGCAAUUGCGCUCCAAGGCCACAACCGAUAUGUCCGCCGGCUCCUUGCGGCGGGAGCUAUAGGCCGGUCUCCUACACACCGCAAUACUACAAUGCGCCUCGGUAUGAGUCGACGUACCAGACGAUUGAAGCACAUCAUCCAGCUCCGAGCUAUCAGGUGCCAGUGCAAAUUCCCAUACAGAGAGGAUACGCUUUUCCAGUUCCAUCCUACCCACAACAACCGCAGUAUAUUGUGAGCCAGCAAGAGCCGAUUGCGGUUCCCGCAGCGAAAAGUGUUCACGAAGAGGCCGAGCAUCAAGUUACUUCAAAUUCGGGCUCCUCGAAGAAGACAACGUCGGAUUCUGAUGGCGAUCUUCAGUCAUUGAAUGAAUUCGAAAGCUCAUUGAAAUCGUACAAAUCCAUGUCAAAAGAGAAUUUCCGCAAAGCUUUUGCGUCGAAACUUGAGGAGAUUGGCAAGUGCUCAAGUUUGAGGCUCAGAGAGAUUAUGAGAGAGGCGAUGUCUUCGAAUGUCGCAAUUUCGAAGCUGAAAAUCUCGCAGCUCGCGAAACGCGAAUUCGGCUUCAAUUUCGAUGUGAUCUGCAGCCACUCAGAUUUCUCAUUUCUUAUCAGCUCCAACAUAUAUUGUCAUGUUGAGCACGACGAUCUCGUAUGUCUUGCCUACCAGAACUAA